CAACACAACAACCCUCCUCUCCCAAACACACAUGCACGCAAAACUCCCUCCCACCUUCUCACCCUCUCGCUGUCUAUCUCCCUUCUCUGUGGUUCUUUACCCCCAGUUAGCUUUUCCCCUCCUCUCCGGCAUCCGAUGCUGAACGUGUAGGUUAGAGCCGCAGUCGCAGCAGAGAGGCAGGCCCUGCAAACAGCAGCAUCCAUGGAUUAAAGCCCCUAGCUCGUAUUAUUAUCUGCAGUUAGUCUAACCAGGCCUCAAUCCCUCCCGUCUCUAUCUCUUUGUAUCUCUUAAUGCCUGGCCUUUUCUCCCUUUUUGGCUAGCUGACAGGCGACGUCUGGGGGUGUUAGAGGCUCACAGUUAGCCAGGGCGUUAGCCACACACACACACGGCCGCUGUACUGUCCAUCAGUACCGACGAGGUUUCUUCUCUUCUCCACAUCUCCACGCUUUCGAUUCAGUAUCAUUGGCGGUAGAGGAAUGCAAAUCUGCAACCAUGAUGGAAGGAUUGAAAAAACGUACCAGGAAGGCCUUUGGUAUACGGAAGAAAGAGAAAGACAGUGACUCUGCGGGGUCCCCAGACAGAGAGGGAGGUGAAACCCAAGAGGCUGAAUCGUCUCAAAGAAAGACCAAUGGCGCUCCAAAUGGAUUCUAUGGAGAAAUUGACUGGGACAGAUAUAACUCCCCUGAGUUGGAUGAAGAGGGUUAUAGCAUCAGACCUGAAGAUGAGGCAGAUAAGGAAACACGUUGCCCCAAGUCACAUUUCUUCUCCUCUGAUGAGUCGGAAGAAGAGGAGGACCACAGGAAAAAGUUUAAAAUUAAGAUUAAACCACUCCCGUCUGAUCAAGUUGUGGCAGUGCCCUCGUUUGAAGAACUGAAAGCCUCCAUAGGCAACAUUUCUCUAUCCCCAUCUCCUCUGAGACGUAGCCCGGGUUUGAAAAGUAACACCUCCUGUGAAGAGAUUGUCAGACCACGACGUGUUGUUCCUUCUGUGCCUACUACGGCCCCCACACCAGCUCCUGUACCACAAGCCCCCAGCAGUAGUCAAAUUACACCAGCCCCAGAAGACACGACAGAUUUAUUUGGGCCUCCUUUGGAAACAGCCUUUGGAGAGCAGAAAGUAGAAGUGGUUCUAUCUGAGACUGAUGUGUGGGGGGCUCCACUGUCAGAGUCCUCAAGACCCUUCCCCACAGGAAGUCCACCUCCACUUCCACCCAAGAAUGUCCCAACGUCUCCCUUGGCAACUGGCCCUGCUUCGUCAGAUAACACUGAUGAAUCAGGAGAAGCAGAGAACUCCUCAAGAAAGCCAUCCAUUGCUGACUUGGAUAACAUAUUUGGACCAGAGCAGGCUGCCCCAGCAGAUGAGGAUGCCGGUGACACGUGGGUCUGCUUCACUGAAAAAUCUCCUGACCGACCACCUCUACCAAAGGAACCUGCACCUCCACUUCCCUCGUCCCCACCCAGAGAGGAAGCAGCGCCUCCGUUACCCACCUCUCCCCCACCACCGGAAUCUCCUGUCCCACCAUUACCUAUGUCACCACCUCCCUCAGAAGACACUUCAUCGCAUCUGCCAAAAUCCCCUUCAAUGAAAGAAGUUACCAAUGCUUCUUUAACCACUUCCCCACCUCCCUCAGAGGAGCCUGCUGCACCAUCUAUCCAUUCUGGGCAUUCUACACCUGAUAACCCAAAUCCACAAUCUCCAUCCACUUCCUCACUUGCUUCGCCCAAGGAGCUUGCCUUUUCACCCGCUUCUACUCAUCCUCCUGCCGAUUCACAUACCAGCGUCCCAGCAACUCCCAAACCAAGCACGCCUCCAGCGGUGAAGUCCCCUGCUGAGGAAACAGCAACAUUCUCCAUUCCACCGAUCCAGUCAAAGAAUACAGAUGGCACCCAACCUAAAGAUAAUGAAGGUGAAAUUGCCACCUCGCCCAAAGAUUCAAGCCAGGGCAACCGAGGUACACCUCCACCACCCCCUCCUCCUACAUACCGGGCAGUGGUAUCAUCACCGGGUCCGACAUCAGGACCUGGUGGGACAAAAAGUGGUUCUUCUUCUCCUGUACGACCUUCCACUCCUUCAACAGUCAACCCCACUCCACCUCCUCCUCCGCCCCGCCCCCCUUCCAGACCCAAACUCCCUCCUGGAAAACCAUCUGUAGGAGAUACUAAUCGACCAUUUAGUCCACCAGUCCAUGCAGCCAGCCCCCCACCCAUUGCUCCUUUGGCACGUGCGGAGAGCACCUCUUCCAUCUCCUCGACCAACUCCCUCAGUGCCGCCACCACUCCCACUGUCAGCAAGGACCUUUCUGUGUCAGAAGAUGAUGCUUAUGUAGACAAGCUGCCUUCCUUUGGGAGACAUUUUGAUUCAUUUGCAGAGAAUGACCAGCCAUCCCUUGUAUGGUUUGACAGAGGGAAGUUUUAUUUAACCUUUGAAGGCUGCUCCAGAGGGCCAAGUCCUCUCACCAUGGGGGCUCAGGACACACUCCCCGUGGCUGCUGCAUUCACUGAGACAGUCAAUGCCUUCUUUAAAGGGGCCGACCCCAGCAAAUGUGUUGUGAAGAUCAUAGGUGAGAUGGUUUUGUCGUUUCCAGCGGGAAUCACACGGCACUUUGCCAAUAACCCGUCCCCCGCUGUGCUAACCUUCAGCAUAACCAACUACAGUCGACUGGAGCAUGUGCUGCCUAACCCCCAGCUGCUCUGCUGCGACACCAGUACACAAGCCAAGGCUGAUUCCAAGGACUUUUGGGUGAACAUGCCAAACCUGAUAUCUCAUCUAAAGAAGGUGUCUGAACAGAAGCCGCAAGCAACAUACUAUAAUGUGGAUAUGCUGAAAUAUCAGGUAUCAGUACAGGGCCCCGUGUCCACCCCCCUGAAUCUUGCAGUGAGCUGGAGGUGUGAGCCGACCAGCACUGACCUGAGGAUAGACUACAAAUAUAACGGCGAGGCCAUGUCAACACCAAUGGCGCUGAAUAAUGUCCAGUUUCUUGUCCCGGUUGAUGGAGGCGUUUCCAAACUACAAGCUGUGUUACCUCCUGCCGCAUGGAAUGCAGAGCAGCAAAGAAUCCUAUGGAAGAUUCCAGAUAUCUCACAGAAAUCAGAAAAUGGAGGUGUCGGAUCUUUGUUAGCCCGCUUCCAGCUAACAGAAGGCCCAAGUAAACCAGCUCCAUUGGCUGUGCAGUUCACGAGUGAAGGCAGUACCCUGUCAGGCUGUGAUAUUGAACUGGCUGGACCCGGGUAUCGCUUCUCGCUUAUCAAGAAAAGGUUUGCUGCUGGAAAGUACCUGGCAGACAACUAACCGAUGAACAAACAAGUCCAGUGGACGGAGGACGACACAGAGGACAGACCAACAUUGUCCCUUCGCCUUUUGUCUGAGCGCAGGACCACAUCUUACCUACCCAGCAGUAUUGUAAAACUUUCAUUUUGCAUUGUGGAACAGUUUAUAGUCAUGUAAUAAUGGUAUUUGCAUUUGUUUCAUAACAUCUCAAUUGCUGCCGUUCCACUCCUGGACUCUUUCCUCUCUCUCUCUCUCUCUCUCUCUCUUUUUUUUUUUGUUUUUUUUGUUGUUUUUUUUAAAGUCUGUGCCUCUGGUCAAACGGUGGUAAUACUUCACUGCAGCUGCCUGACCAGCCAUGUCCAGCCAUGUUCUACUUCGGAUCUACUUCUAGAUCUAAAAAGUUGUCAGUAAAAAACGAUUUUCCAGAAGUUCUAACUAAGCCGCUGUCUUCCACUGAUGUCAGUGCUUAUGUUAAAACUUCAUAUACUUUCCUGACUCAUCAUUCAUCCUCUGGUUCGACAGGGUCUUACCGCCUUUGGAUCACAUCCAUGUAUUUGCUUUUGUAAAUAUUAAUAUAAAAACCACUGAGCAGGCGUAGUAUUUCUUUGUAAUGGUGGUGAUAAUUUCAGCCGGUGGGCAGCUGCAAUGAUGAACAAGUCUACUGGUGAUGAUAUAACAACAAUGGGUUGUCCCUUAAAAAGAACUGUGUACAAAAUGUCAUUUUAAAUCAAUAAUAUAUAUCUUAAAGGGCGUUUGGUGUUCUCCUUGUAUCGUCAGAUAGCCUUUCUGUUGUUGACCAGGACAGCAGUGUUAAAUCCAGAUAAUAUUUCUUUUUUUUUUUUUAUUAAUGACAUGAUUUGUUGUAUAAAAUGUGAUUCUGUAUAUGAAUAGAAUUUGAAUGGUAUCACAUGACUCUGAACCCUUAAAGGUAUACAGUAAAUAUUUCCAUUUUUUUUUUGUUAUGUGUAGUCAAGUAACGUGUACAGUAUAACGUAUAAUUUUUGAAUUUUUUUCAGAUCUAAUUUUUUAAUUCAAGUGCAACAGAAGUUUUGAGCUAUAUAUAAAUAUAUAUGGGCGGGGUCGGGUAACUUAAAAAGAUAUAAAUAUCAUCCUGGAUGCUGUGUUUUUGCUUUGUGAAAGCAGUGUUACUGUAGAUUUAGUUUUUACCAUGGGCAAGGUCCACGCUGAAAUAGAAAUGUACUUUCAUGCUGGAAGUUAGCUGGGGGCCGCCGUGCCAUUUUUAUGGCUGUACCACCUGUCAAUCACUAAUCCAUUCGUAUAAUAUUUGGCAUUCGCACACCCAUAUUUCUCCGCUUUAUAUUGUAAUUACAUUUAUUUUUCCUAAUUUAAAUAAAAAGCAGUUUGAUGGCGCUAUCUGCAGGGGGGGAAAGUGAUGCAAAGGGUGCUGUUUCAAAUCACUCAACAUUUUCCAACUGGAAGAUGCUUUAACAAGAUGUAAUGAUUUGCGAUGCGGCUAAUGCGCAAUUUGCGUCCCCUAAUUUGUUUAUUAUUGGCCCUCGGCACAUUGCAGAAAUUCAACACAAAACUGCAAUAUACUGUAAGUAUAUACAAAUAUAAUUUUUUUCUGUAUGUGGCCCUCUGUGAAGGUAUCCAAAAAUCGUCUCUCUUUCCAUUUUCGCGAGGUACACCCUGGACUGGUCGCCAGCCAAUCACAGGGCACAUAUUCAAACCCACGCAUACACAGGGAGAACAUGCAAAUUCCACACAGAGAUGGCCGAGGUUGGAAUUGAACUCGGGGUUCCUAGCUGUGUGGCCUGCGCGCUAACCACUCGUGCAGCCCAAGUUAUAUAUAUUUAAAGAGAAAAGGCAUCUCAGCUUUGUAAAAGAAGGGAAAAUCAUCUUUGCUUUCUUCCAUUUUUUUUUUACAUACUUACACUUUCUUCGUAAAUUUGGACUUUAUUCCGAUAUUUUGACUUAUUCCUAUUAUAUUAUAUCUUUUCAUUCAUUCAUUAAUUUUCUACACAAGGGUCGCGGGGGUGCUGGAGCCUAUCCCAGCUGUCUUCGGGCAAGAGAGGCGGGGUACACCCUGGACCGGUCGCCAGCCAAUCACAGGGCACAUAUAGACAAACAACCAUUCACACUCACAUUCAUACCUAUGGACAAUUUGGAGUCGCUAAUUAACCUAGCAUGUUUUUGGAAUGUGGGAGGAAACCGGAGUACCCGGAGAAAACCCACACAUGCACGGGGGAGAACAAGCAAACUCCACACAGAGAUGGCCAAGGGUGGAAUCGAAUCCUUGUCUCCUAGCUGUGAGGUCUGCGCGCUACCCACUCGACCACCGUGCCGCUAUUCUAACUUUUCUCUAACCUAAUUUUAGAAUAAUCAUAUAUUUUUUUAAGUUAUAUUUAUAGAAUGUACCGCGGGCCAAUAAAAAAAAAAAAAAACAGUAGUGGGCUACAAACAGUUUAGAGUAUCAAAAAGGCAUUUUUAGGGCUGUCCAUUAUUUGCGGAAUUCCGUGGGAGGGCGCUGGAAUGUUACCUCCACGAUGACCUCCAUGAUCUACUGUACUGACUUUUAUCAAUAGUACCCACUUAAAGUUUCAAAAUAAAGCGAGUGACCGUAAACAUCUACGUAAACCCAUUCAUGAACUUGACCCAUGUGACGAUAGAAGCCUCUGUCCACUUUCACCAUGCUUCUUUGUCCAAACAUGACCCCCCCAAAUCACCCUGGUCCUUCAACCAGCGCUUGAAUCCAUAGCUUUAUUUAACAUCAUUGUAAUGGUCUCUGUGAGAUGACAUGAUGAGGUUGUGGAGCGAGGCUAAGUUGACCAAAAGGCUUUUGUGUGUGUAUGAGUUUGUGUGUAUACCCCAUGUGAAUGAAAAUAAGCUGAAUAUUUUUCAAACUGAUGAAAAAAAAAAAAAGAAAAUAUUUUAUUGUUAAUUGUGGAGGGGGAAAACAAUGUGCUGAUGUAUAUUUUCCCGAAUACUCUUGACACGCCAUGCGAACAUUACGUUUGGAUGUGUGGGAGUCACGCAAGACCCCCCCCCCCCCCCCCCCGGUACUGUCUUGUCAAUAUUGUGUUCAAUAAAUCCAAACAUAGUCUUGUAAGGUCUGUUGUAGAACCAUCUUAAACCGGGUUUAGAGCAAAAAAAAGCCCCAUUAUCACUUCUCCUUUUAAUGUUCCCUAUCAGAUACCCUUUUUAAAAUGCAAAUCUUAACUCUGGACUGUUGGAAAGUACACAGACCAGCUAAUUGGUUCAAAGUAUCAAUACAACAGUCACAUUAUUUAUUUACUAAAUUAACAUCGGAACAAAGGUUACCACUCACUUCUGGCCUCCAUCUUUUAAUAUCAAAAUGAAACAAAGUUAUGUGUCCUGCAAAAAUUCAUAAUUGCUUGUAAAGCAUGCAGAAAAAAAAGCAGGGGGGCGGGGCUUUACUUAACCUUUACUUGAUGUGCUGUGCUGUGUACUCACUCACCUGUAUUGAUGUUGACCAGAGCAACAGUCUGUUUUUCUCUGCGCUGUUAGUAAGAGAACUUGAACAUCAAACACGUGCAAGAUCAAUGCUAAAAUGGAUUGACAAACUUAGUUCGCUUCCUUCCGAAUCCAAUAAAAUUGAUUAAAACUACAGAUAAA